AUGAAACGAGAGAAUUUCACAGAUUUUUAUAUUCCUACUAUUGGAUUAGAUACCUGCUCUUGUAGAUAUCGAUAUCAAAACAAAUUGUUUCAUUUCAAUACAUGGGAUACGAGUGGUCAGGAAAGAUUUAAAUUUGUCAACUCUACACUUCACUCGAAAGCAAAAAUUAAUUGUUUUUGCUUUAGUUUGAAUGAUUAUUCAUCUUUUGAAAGGUGUAAGGAAAAUUAUAACGAUUGGAAAAAAAGGAAUGCUAAUUACAAAGUUAUGGAAUAUUUGGAAAAUCAUAAUGGAUGUGUUUUAAUACUUGGAUUGAAAUCUGAUCUAGAGCAGAAGGUUCCAUCGCAGGAAAUUAAAGAACUUCUAUUGGUUGAACCGGCCAACUGCAGGUUAUAUUCGAAUAGAGUACAAUAUUUUGCGCUAAGCUCCAAGAAUGAUACAUUUGAAGAUUUGAUGAUACCAUUCCUUUAUGCUAGGUCAAUAACAGAACAACCACAAUUCUUCAAUAAUUAUUAA